AUGAAUAUUAUACCACAACAACAACAACAAACAUCAAUUGUUAAUCCUGAAGAAGUCACAUCAGCAAUAAAUGCUGCAUUUGCUGAAUUUAUUGCUAGUGAAUCAACGACUACAACUGCUCUUCUUAUGCAUCAUCAUCAUCAUCAACAAAAUAUUGAGCCUACAAUAUCAACAAUUGAAAUUACAAAUAAUGAUACUGAUUUAUCAAGUAACAACAGUCGACCACCAACACCUUAUACAGUUUCAACACAUAUAAACAGUGAUUAUCCUUCUUCUUCGUCGUCGUCAUCAUCAUCAUCUUCAUCAUCAUCUAUAAAUGCAACAAGUUUACCACGUUAUAAAACUCUUCUUGAUAAAUAUACCCCAAAUAAUAGUCAACAAAAUGCCACGACAUCAAAUGAUAAUACUUUCAAUGGAAACUAUCCAACUAAUCCUAGAAAACGAUCUAUAUCAAAUGAAUAUAGUUCAGCAAAACGAUUUCGUUCAUUACAAUCAUCAACAGCUUCUUCUCAUCUAUUACCAGUUCAAGAAUGUUCAUCAUCAUCAUCUUCAUCAUCGGAUGAUGAUAGUAACAAUGAUCUAAUAGGUAUAUCGAAUCCAUUAGUACAUAGAACAAAUUCAUUUUAUGAUGAAAGAAAUCGAAUACCAAUUGAAACUAUUGAUUCAAGUGAUGAUGAAGAUUCAUCGAAUAAUCUUUUUGCUCCAAUAAAUUCAUCAAAUUCUUCAUGUUCAUGUUCACAUCGUACAUCUACAAUUAUUUCAUCGUCACCAUUUAUUCAAACAAAUCAACAAUCGAUUUCUCUUCCUCAAUUACCAUUACCAAUACAACAUAAUCAUAAUCCAUCUCAUUUACGUCAUCAAUAUCGUCAACAAAUAACAUCAGAAUUACAUCGUCAACGUUUAAGUGCAUUUCGAAAUCAAACAUCACCAUCAAGCAUGCUUACAGCUGAUCAACAUUUACAAGCUCUAUUAACAAAUUCAACAACAACAACAACAGCAACUAACUCUACUACUCCUACUAAUAAUAAUGUACAUGCACAUUUAACGAUUCAAUCGACUUCAACAUAUAAUUUAAGUCCAAAUAUGCAAGUAACAACAAGAAUUGAUAGUAAUCCAUGGCCACCAACACCUUUAUUAUUUCGUACAUUUCGUAAUCCACUAUUUCUACAUAAUAAUGAACAUGUUCUUGAAGAAUUAUUACGCAUGGAAGAACAAUUAAAUGGUUUAAAUUAUUCGACUAAUAUAGGUGCCAAUUCUGAACAUAUUGAUUGUCGAACAUUAUCAUAUAAAUAUACAAAAGAAAAUUCUUCUAUGGAAGAAAAAUGUACAAUAUGUCUAUGUGAAUAUGAUCAUAAUGAACAUGUACGUCGUUUACCAUGUAUGCAUCUAUUUCAUAUUGCAUGUGUUGACCGAUGGUUAAUACAAAGUAAACGAUGUCCAAUAUGUCGAAUUGAUAUUGAUUAUCGAGGAGAUUUUGGUGAUUAUAUGUUUAAUCAAAUCUGGACUUUUUUAAUAUGGUUAUUUGAUUAUAUAUUAACAAUCCUUCAAACUUUACCACGUGAUUUACGAGGCCUUUAUAAACUUAUACGACAUACUUGUUUAAUCCAUUAUUAUAUAUAUCGAAAACGAGACUUUAUAGCUUUAUUUCGUGAUAAUGUUAAAUAUUAUAAAUCAAAACCAUGCUUUAUUUUUGAAGAUACACAACUUUCAUUUCAAGAUGUUGAGAAUUUAACUAAUCAAAUAGCAAAUUUCUUCCUAGCUGAAGGUUAUUCUCAUGGAGAUGUUAUUGCACUUGUACUAGAUAAUUCGAUAGAAUAUCCAUGUGUAUGGAUUGGUUUAAGUAAAAUUGGUUGUAUAACAGCAUUAAUUAAUUCAAAUCUACGUGCUAGACCCCUUCUUCAUUCCAUUGGAACAGUUAAAGCCAAAGGUAUUAUUACAUCCAAAGAACUUCUUCCAGAAUUAAAUAUAAAUAAAGUUUAUUUAUUUGAUCCAAAGCCUUCAUCAACAGUAAAAAUAAGUAAUGGUCAUUCAUCCAUAUCAUCAAUAGAAACCAUUCAUUUAUAUGAUAAACUUGAACAAUGUUCUAUUCAACCAACUAAACCUAUUCCAUAUAAUUUAAGACAUCCUGUCUUCUAUAUUUUUACUUCUGGAACAACAGGAUUACCAAAAGCAGCUGUUAUUAAACAUUCAAGAUUUUUACUUGGUUCACUUGGCUUCCUUGUAACAACUGGUGUUACCGAUAAAGAUAUUAUGUAUGAUACUCUUCCAUUAUACCAUUCAUUAGGCGGUUGGAUUUGUAUUACUUACAGCCUUUUGGGUGGUUGUACAACAAUAUUACGUAAAAAAUUUUCUGCUUCUAACUUUUGGAAAGAUUGUGUCAGAUAUAAAUGCACAGGUUUUACGUAUGUUGGCGAAUUAUGUCGUUUUUUACUUGCUCAACCACCUGGUGAAUAUGAUCGAAAACAUUCAAUAAGACUUUGUUCGGGUAAUGGACUUCGACAAAAUUUAUGGACAUCAUUUGUUGAAAGAUUUAAUAUACGAAAUAUUUAUGAAUUUUAUGCUGCAACGGAAAGUAAUGCAUAUUUUUUUAACAUUGAUUCACGUCCAGGUGCUUGUGGUUUUUAUUCAUUAAUUGUUCCUCGUGCACUUGGUAGUGUACUUGUUCGAUUCGAUCCAAUAACAAUGGAACCGAUAAGAAAUGAAAAAACUAAAUUAUGUGUACGAUGUAAAACUGGUGAACGAGGUUUAUUAUUAGGAAUGAUUGGAAAAAAUAUAUUACAUGCUUUUGAUGGGUAUGUUAAUAAUCCAUCGGGAACAAAUAAUAAAAUUGUUGAUGGUGUUUAUAAACAAGGUGAUCGCGGUUUUAAUACAGGCGAUGUUAUGGUAGCAGAUAAAUUUGGUUAUUUAUAUUUUUGUGAUCGUACUGGUGAUACAUUUCGUUGGAAAGGUGAAAAUGUAUCAACAGUUGAAGUUGAAAAUAUACUCAUGGAUAUUUUAAAACAAAGUGAUAUUAUGGUUUUUGGAGUUUCAAUACCAGAAACUGAUGGAAAGGCAGGAAUGGCUGUUAUUCUUAAUAAUUCCUCAACACCAAUUAAUAUAAAAACAUUACCAAAUGAAUUAAAAACACAUGGUUUACCUCCCUAUGCUCGACCAUGUUUCAUUCGUAUUACUCAACAUAUUGAAUUAACAGGUACAUUUAAAGUUAAGAAGAACGAUUUUCAAGAGAAAGGUUAUGAUGUAAAACAAAUUACUGAGCCAAUAUACUAUUUAAAUCAAAAACAACAGAUAUAUGAAAAAUUAACACCUGAAAUAUAUGAUUUAAUAUUAAACCAAAAGAUUAAAUUCUGA